AUGUCGAACAAAGACGCAGACGACGUCUUGGACUUCAUCAAUUCUCUUCCUGAUACUAAGACUACACCAGGUUCUGGAGGUGGUCGCAAAUCCGAAUCCAAUGACGAAUUCAAGGACUUUUUGGAUGAGCUCUCCGCUCACGAAAAGGCAUCUAAGGGCCCGAUCCGCACUAAACUUGAGCCCAGAAAGAGAGACGACGUGAGGGACGUUCGUCGCCCAACUAGCGGCGUGCUGUCUCCAGCCUCCUCCAGACGCAUUGUGUCUUCUUCUACUGAGUCUAAGGUGGACGGGGCUACUGUCGAUUCUACAGCCGGUUCUCCUGUAACAGUUGCACCUUUGACUCCAACCGUCAGUUCGGGUGCUACAUAUUCUCCUGCGCCAACCGCUGCUUCUGAAAAGGCUCCUCUGUCGUCUAAACUCGGAGCCUCGUCUCAAAAGGAGGUCCAACCAGAGGAGGAAUCAAUGAUUGACCCAAUUGGAAGCAUAUCGUCAUGGUGGAGUACAGAGGGCUCCUCCAAGGUGCUGUCAUUGUGGGGCUCUUUGGCAUCCAAUGCAACUCAAUUGGGUGAGACUACAUUCCAACUUGCCUCCACUACCUCGCAACAAUUGUCGCACCAGAAGCACAAGUUCCUAGUCGAGAACCCCGGUCUAGAGGCUGAGCAAAUCACGCAUCUCACCGGAAAGCUAAAUUCCAUCUUGAGCACCGUCUCUCAACAGAUUAAGGAUGGUUUAAUCGACAAGGACGAUGAGCUCCUCAACAUCUUUUUGGUGUAUGACUGGGAGAACAUUUCUGACUUGGAUUCGCUCUGCGCUCGCAAGUUUGAUGCUGUCAUGGACCAAAUCGAAGGUGGCGUGCGCGUCAGCGUCAAUAACUUUAACCACAAGCAUGAGCAGACUGACCGCGAAGAAGGUUCGCAACACUAUGACUUGGGUAUGUUUUACGGAAAAGCCAUCGAUGGAGAGAAGUUGUGUUUUGCCAAUUUGGAAAGUUCCAUUAAAGACUACCUCAAAAUUACAAAGGAGACCGGCGCCGACCAGACUUCAGAGGUCACUGAAAAGGAAGACGAAAUCGCUAGCUCUAAUAUUUUCAUUGCCAUCCAGCCAAUCUGUGUUGGACAGCAAUCGUCUGAGUCCGAAUCAUCUGCCACCUCCAGUCCAAUCUUCAUUGAGGCUAAUAAUGCCAGCUCUUUUGCAUUCACAAUGAUCUUAAAGGAUAUCACAAAUAAUAUCACCAUUGUGAGCAAAUCUCAGCCAUUUCCACUCAAAUGGGCUAAAUGGCUCGCAGGUUCUCAUGAAGACGUCGAUACUGUGUUUGCUGGAGAAGAUGGAGGUGCCCCUGGCGUUGAUCCAAGUGAGUGGGUGAGCGGUUGGAUCAAGAAUGGUCUUGAACUAUCCUUUGCUGUUUUGGCUCAAGAGUACAUCACCAACCGUAUGGGAAUUUAA